AUGGAGAUUAUGCAAGAGAAAUUCCUGAUGAGUUAUGCUGAAAAUAAUAAUAUUAUUGAAAGGACAAAACGGGAAGCAGAAAAUUCAAAAAAGUUCGCCAUACAGUCAUUUGCAAAGAGCUUGCUGGAUGUUGCAGAUAAUCUUGGUAGGGCCUCAAUGAUUGUUAAAGACAAAUUUACAAAAAUGGACACAAGUGAAGACCCUACUGGAGCUCUAUCACUUUUAAAAACAUUGCUUGAAGGUGUUGAGAUGACAGAAAAACAGCUAGCAGAGGUAUUCAAGAAGUUUGGAGUAGAAAAAUAUGAUCCUGUGAAUGAAGAAUUUGAUCCAAAUAGACACAAUGCAGUUUUUCAAGUGCAGGAUUCUUCCAAGCCUCCAAAUACUGUAGCAGUUGUAAUGAAGGGGGGAUACAUGUUGCAUGAACGAAUCAUACGACCAGCUGAAGUUGGUGUAACGGGUGGCGUGGGUAUGGACAAGAAAGAGAGGGAAAGUAGGGAUUGAGAUUGAUAACACAAACCUCCUUUUACCAACAUUGUAUAUAAUGGUGUUUAUUUUUUUUAUGUUAAGUGAUAACAAUAUGCAUUUAUGCAUUAAGAGCUUUUUUUUUUAAAGUAGGCUACAUUUUUCUCUCUUUUUAAACCUAUUUCAAGUGAAAGAUCAUUUUCUAUUUAGCAAGGCAUUGAUUUUAAUAAAUUUUGGUAUUAUAUUAAAAGUCUCG